UAAUUUAAUCGUUGUGUGUUACACAUUUCAUCUCGAACAGCAUUCAACACAGCAGAUAUCUACGAAUCUUACAGCUUUCCGACCGCGCGCUGUCGUCUACAAUGGUCUUCAGCUUGGUUAACUCUCCUUCAUCGCAGCGCUUUGCUUGCACGUGGCAUCGCGCCAAGCAGCAUCACAAGCGCGCUUGCCUUGUCCGUGACGCCCCUGAGGACAAUGUUCAGCCAACGGCUAGCGGCAGUGUGUUCUAUGGUGGAAAGAGCUACUCGCCAGAAGAGUGGGCGGACACCGUUCGACAAAGGAGCCUGGUGCGUCCGGCGGCAGCGACUGUUUUGGCAGCCAAGCAAGGCUCUUCGACUCUGUUAUCGUUUUCUGAUGUAAUGUCUUUCAGCGGCACGGCUCCAGAAAUCGUGAACGGGCGCUUGGCAAUGCUGGGGUUCGUGAGCGCAAUAGCAGCAGAGCUCGUCAGCGGCGAGGGCGUGCUGCGGCAGUGGCGUGAGGAGCCCACGGGCGUGUCUCUGGCCUUCGUGCUCUUCAUUGCGGGAUCUCUCGUUACCGCCUUCCAGCCCAAGCGUGAUGACAGGCUGGGGCCCUUCACGCCGCAAGCCGAGCUCAUAAACGGCCGUGCCGCAAUGAUUGGCUUCGCUGCUCUUCUGGUAAUCGAGGCUGUCAAGGGCAGUCCCUUGAUUUGAUUUCCGCAUCGCCUCUUCGUU